ACGAGCUCCACUCCGCCUCUUUCUCCCCUUACAAAUCCUUGCAGCUAUCAGCGAAUGGGAAGACGUCUUUGGGUUUCUCAGCGAGGGCUUUCAGCGUCCGUUGUGAUGUUACUGAGACCACCAUCUCUAUGGAAGAAAGGAUUGAGAAUGCCGAAGGAAUUAUUUCAGUGGUUGCUAUUAACGACAAGGGUGAACUCCUUGUGGGGACCCCAGCCAAACGGUUUGAAGACUCUCAGACACAGACGGAGAUGGAAAUGGCACCGUGCAAGAUUGUUAAAGCUCCAAAUGGCGAUGCUUGGGUCGAAGCAAACGGCCAAAAAUACUCUCCUUGCCAGAUUGGAGCUUUUUUGCUUGCGCAAAUUGAUAAAACCUUUGAAGCAAUUUUCAGGAGUGCUACUGUUAAGGCGCCAGCUUGUUUCAGGGAUGCACAAUUCGAAGUAACCUUCUACACUGAUCUCUAUGGCGAUUUUACUGUCUUUGCCAUAGACGAAGCCACCGGGAAAGACACAGAGUUGGACUAUUUGAUCGACAAUGGCCCUUACUUUAAUGUCUACAAUAUUGAGAAGUGGUUGAACAAGUACAAAGAGAAGAUCCGUACCGAGAUUGCGAUGGAGAUUGAAACCGCUCUGUCACAAUUUAAGAGAGCUGAUCGGCUGUUUUGCUAUGGAGCCGCUGAUUCUCUACUCCCGGGAGACAAGGCACUGGAUUGCGAGAGUCUCUGUAAGUGCUUGGGCAAGUCUAAAGCUGCAAGAGAGGCUCUUUGGAAUAUAGACCAACACAUGUCUAAAGGAUCUUGCUCCGGGGGGAGUGACUUGGGUGUCACCAAUUCUAUGAAAGAAAAGAAUGAGAAUGCGCAAAGAACUAUCUCAGCGGUUGGUAUUAACAGCGAGGGUGAGCUCCUUGUGGGAACCUCGGCCAAACGGUUUGAAGGCUCUCAGACAGAAAUGGGGAUGGAAAUGGCCCCGUGCAUUAUUGUUCAGGAUGCAAAUGGGGAUAUUUGGGCCAAAGCAAACGGGCAAAAGUACUUUGCUAGCCAGAUUGGAGCUUUUGCUAUCUCGAAAAUGAAAGAAUUUGCCGAAGCGCACCUUGGGAAAACUGUCACCGAAGCUAACUUCCGUCGAUUUGGUAAUUUAGUAGACGAACCUCUCAAGGUAUCCUUGUCCAUUUUACCCGAUGAUGGCGUAGUUACUCUGUCGGCCGAACAGAUACUAUCCUUCUGGAAAAAGAUUAAAUUCGAUGUGGCUUGAGAGAGCGGCAGAGGAGGGCGCGGAGAUCAUAUGGUGGCCCAAUUAAUAUUUAGUAACGACUGAAUAUAUAUACAUAAAUAAUUAUAUUUAUAUAUUUAUUGAUUAUUUAAAAUACAUUUUUAAUUUUUAUACAGAAUGCAAUACAUUUGUAUUUCUUUUA